UUUAUCCCUCUGACUGGGGCCAAUAACGGAGCAAAGGUUAUUACUGCAGCAGGACGGAAACAAUGCUGAGGACCCACCCACCUCUGAGGCUGCUCUCUCUGCUGCUCUCUGCUACGCUCUUCCUGGAUCUCAAGUCCGCAGCUGAUAAGUUCUAAAGAUGAGCUACCCAGGAUACCCUCCUCAGUCCGGUGGAUACCCACCACAGGCAGGAGGUUAUCCACCUCAACAAGGGGGCUAUCCACCUCAACAAGGGGGGUAUCCACCCCAAGCAGGCGGCUACCCACCCCAAGCAGGCGGCUACCCUCCCCAAGCAGGCGGCUACCCUCCUGCAGCAGGUGGCUACCCCCCACAGGCAGGCGGCUACCCACCCCAAGCUGGCGGCUACCCUCCCACAGCAGGCGGUUACCCUCCAGCAGCAGGAGGCUACCCUCCCCAGGCAGGUGGCUACCCUGCACCAGCUGGAGGCUUCCCUCCUCAGGCAGGAGGAUACCCAGCACAGUCUGGCGCAGGAGGCUAUCCCUCCAUGCCUCCAGGAGGUGGAGGCUGGGGUGCAGCACCAGGCGGCCAAGGAGCGCCAGGAGGGGCUCAGCAAGGAUACCCAGGGGGCCCCGCUCCAGGCCAGCCCAUGCCAAGUUACCCCGCGACUAGUCCCCAGAUGCCUGCGUAUGGAGGCGGAGUUCCAUCCAACCCUCAGGCACCUGCCAUUUCUAAAGGAUACAGGGGCUCUAUAAAAGACUUUCCAGGGGCCGAUCCACUCAGGGACGUUGAGGUCCUUCGAAAAGCUAUGAAGGGUUUUGGCACUGAUGAAAACGCCAUUAUUGAACUCCUGGGAAGUCGUACCAACAAGCAGAGAGUCCCAAUGGUAGCAGCCUAUAAAACAACUUAUGGGAAGGAUUUAAUCCACGAUCUGAAGUCUGAGCUCACUGGAAACUUUGAGAAGCUGGCUCUUGCCAUGCUGAAGAGCCCUGCGUACUUCGAUGCAUCUGAACUCAGAGAGGCUAUAAAGGGUGCAGGAACUGAUGAAGCUUGUCUGAUUGAGGUUCUUUCAUCACGCUCCAAUGCAGAAAUCAAUGAAAUCACCAGAGUCUACAAAGCUGAGUACGGGAAGAGCCUGGAGGACGCCAUCAGCAGUGACACCUCCGGUCACUUCCGCAGACUGCUCGUCUCCCUCUGUCAGGGAAACCGUGACGAAAGAGAGACUGUUGACAUCUCACUGGCCAAACAGGACGCUCAGAAACUGUACGCUGCCGGGGAGAAUAAAGUAGGAACUGAUGAGUCCCAGUUUAACGCCAUCCUGUGCGCUCGCAGCAAGCCUCACCUCCGGGCAGUCUUCCAGGAGUACCAGCAAAUGUGUGGGAGAGACAUCGAGAAGAGCAUCUGCAGGGAAAUGUCUGGCAAUGUGGAGUCUGGCAUGGUGGCUGUGGUGAAAUGCAUCAAGAACACUCCCGCCUACUUUGCAGAGCGGCUCCACAAGGCCAUGAAGGGAGCAGGGACCAAGGACACCACCCUAAUCCGCAUCAUGGUGUCCCGCUCUGAGAUAGACAUGUUGGACAUCAGACAGGCGUAUCUGCAGAGUUACGGAAAAUCACUGUACACUGACAUCUCGGGUGACACCUCUGGUGAUUACAAGAAGCUGCUGCUCAAGCUGUGUGGAGGUAGCGACUAAAGGAAAGGAAGACGAGUCUUCGUAAGGACAAACCAUAUGUCCACACUGAAUUGAUGUUAUAGGACCGUAUAUCACAUCUGAUGCAUGCAGUAAAAGUUUUCCUAUGACACCAGUCAAUCACUAUUACUUUUGUAUUCUUUGCAGUGACACGAUAGAUAUUUUUGCCACUGUAUUGUAGAUGAUGCCAAAUAGUAAAUAUAUAUUAGUAUGAAGGUUUUUUUAAAAACAGUACAUGUCACUAAUGGGUAAAAGAUGGAGUCCUAAAGCAAAAAGUGGGUGCUGAAAAUCUCAUACUUGAUUAAGAAAUUAAAUAUAUAACUAAACUAACUUUAUUAUAGAAUUUAAAGCCUCUAAAAUGCAAGUAACAUGAACGAUUAUUUGGAGGAGCGGUAGAGUUUAAGAAAAACUAAACAGAACAAGGUGAGUGUCUCAUUUAUCUAACAUACAAAGUAUACAAGGAAAUAUUUAGCACAUUAUACAUGCAUUAUAUCUGUGUUACUGAGGUAAAGUCCACCUCACCGCCAAGCAAUUCAACUGUGUACAUGUGAAUAUAUACAGUGUCGUGUGAGACUAUUAUGCAAGUUUUCGCAAAUUGUCUAUGACUGAAUCUCUCAGAGAAUACAUAUGAGCAUUUAGUGGGUGUUAAACAGGCCACAGUUAAGUUCCAGGUUGUUUGUGAAUGUAAGAAAUAAUCUGCUAAAGGCGUCUCCUUUAUCUUUUAAAGUGUCCAUAUUUACUAACCAGAUUUGUACUUCUAGUCCUGCUUGCAAGUCUAUGCAAAUGAGCUUGUUCACUUUAUAUCAGCUUUAUGAAACUCCUCUGUGCUGUUGUUGAAAUUUAAACCAUUGCAAUCAUAGUUCAACAUUUGCAGCAACUACGUUUACACGCACAAAAUAUUCCAAAUUUUGCCCUCUAAUUAGAUAAAGACAAUAUUUCAUUCAUAUUUUAUUUACAUGACACAGUCUUGCUAACGUUUGGCUAGUUGGUUUGUGUACAACGCAUCUAUGACAAUGCACGGGGCCAACUGCGGUAAAAACUCGCAGGAGGGCUGGAGCUUAUCCCAGCUGACAUUGGGCGGGAGGGGGGUACACCCUGGACAGGUCACCAUAUUUUCGCAGGGUUUACACAUAGAGACAGACAGCCAUUCACACUCACAUUGACACCUACGGGCAAUUUAGAGUCACCAAUUAGCCUGCGUGUCUUUGGACUGUGGGAGGAAGCCGGAGUACCCUGAGAAAACCCACACUGACACGGGGAGAACAUGCAAACUCCACACAGAAGGGCGUUCCCAAUAAUGCUCCAAAAACUGGAAUAAUACCAGCAUAUUCCAUGCGUCAAUCAGAAAUUGCUUGGAUUAACUCCUAAUUCGGAAUAUACGAAUGUCCUGUAUCAAAUUCAGAAUAUUGUCAUAUAAUCGUGCUAAAAGUGGAAUAUUAGUGUGCGUGUAAACGUAGUUCAUGUUGCCUUUUCUCUGAAUGCUGAAAAGCCAAAGCCUAAAGACAGAUUAUGUUGUGCCUUUCGUCCAGGGCUGCUGUUACUGAGCUAGUCGCUGUUUCACUGUGGUUUAUCCUGCAAACAAUCUAUAAUCAUACCUGCAUGGCUGCAGAUCUAUUUCUCACACUGUUUAUUUCUCAGUAUUUGGUGUUUUUUUACAGUUCUUUACUGGUUUGUAUGUUGUGCUGCCAGUAGAGGGCUCUUGAGUCACAUGAAGUGUCAUCUCAUGUUCUGCCUUAGAGUUUGAACUGAAUAUCUGUUGCACUAACUCCUCUUCGCAGUCAUUCUUGUAACAUGAUGACGGUUGAAAUAUAGUUUUCUAACAUUUCACCAUGUGAUAGUCCCGGUCUUUUGAAAUGUACAAACAGCCACUUUUAAUUUCAAUAAUAAAAAAACAUUUUGGCAUA